UGUUUGCAAAUUCUAUGUUCAGUAUUUCAAAAAUAAUGUGAAAUACUGGUCUGUAGCUAUAACCAGUGCUAUAUUCCAUUCUAAAGGCUUCAGUUCGAUAUAGCAGGAGACCCAAGUUCACCUUGCCAUAUAGCAGGGCAGUCAAAGUUAAAAUAACCGAACAGCUAACCUACGUUAGCUGUUAAUACGCGAAGAAGCAAACAAAUUAAAAAUAUCCAAGACAGAUCCCAGCAGGGAAUCUUUAGCUGAAAUCAGUAACUAGCUAGGUAAACAUUUCCUUCUGUCGUAUCGUACAACGGAACACUUAAUCUGGCAAGACACAAAAGCGCCUGCCACAUGAGACGUGCAGAGGAAACUGCAGUAGGGGGGCGACAGGUCUGUGGGACAGGACACAACCGCAUCACGCCGCAUACCGACGCACUCUAGGAACCGACACUCCAGCCGCCCGAACAGUCAUUACACAUCUCUGCUCUCCUCACAAUGUUCCCAGCAAGAUUCUGGUUGCUGGCAUCCAUUAGCUGCACAGUGCUGCUAUGUUCACUACACGUGAACCCCUACCCAGCUGACUCAGAAAAAGGCAGGAAGAAGGUGGUGCAUGUUCUGGAGGACGAUACCGGAGCAGUGAUAGUGCAGACUGCUCCGGGUAAAGUGGUCACGCACCGGGGAGGUACCAUCACCUUGCCCUGCCGCUACCACCAUGAGCCCGAGACUGCAGACCCGUCCCGCAUUCGCAUCAAAUGGACCAAGGUGACGGACACCUUUCAGUUUGCAGACGUGUUUGUGGCACUGGGAAGGCAGCAGCGAGUGUUCGGGCCCUACCGUGGGCGUGUUGCCUUGGAGCAGGCAGGGCCCGGCGAUGCCUCGGUCGUCAUCCACAAUGUCACCCUCCAGGACUACGGUCGCUACGAAUGCGAAGUCACCAAUGACAUGGAAGACGACACAGGAUUUGUCAGUCUGGACCUCGAAGGUGUUGUCUUCCCAUACUACCCUCGGCUUGGACGCUACAAGCUCAAUUACCAUGAAGCAGAAGAGGCCUGCAAGCAGCAGGACGCCAUCCUGGCCUCACACUCGCAGCUGCACAAGGCUUGGUUGGAGGGUCUGGACUGGUGCAACGCUGGCUGGCUAGAGGACGGCUCUGUGCAGUAUCCCAUCUCGCAUCCCCGCGAUCAGUGCGGCCGCAAGGAGACGCCUGCUGGCGUCCGCAAUUAUGGCUACCGCCACAAAGAGGACGAGCGCUACGAUGCCUUCUGCUUCACCUCCAAGCUUAACGGUCAGGUAUACUUCCUCAAACGCUUCAAGAAGGUGAAUUACCCGGAGGCGCUGAAGGCCUGCCAACGCGACGGUUCGGCGGUGGCUAAGGUGGGCCAGCUCUUUGCUGCCUGGAGGUUCCAGCUACUGGACCGCUGCGAGGCAGGCUGGGUGGAGGACGGCAGCAUCCGCUAUCCCAUCGUCAACCCUCGUGCCCGCUGCGGUGGCUCCGAGCCGGGCGUGCGGAACCUCGGCUUCCCCGAUAAAAAGUUUCGCCUCUACGGGGUCUACUGCUUCCGCAAGAAUUUGGGCAGUGCCGAAGCCCAGACCACACAGGCUCCAGUUCGAACCACCGCAAAAUUUGCGAACAGUACCGGGAGUAUUUGAAACCCGCGCGGUCUGAACCUACCUAGCUCGCGCUGCUUUUCUAGUAGGCUCCCGCAUCUUUGCCACAAUGACGAAGACGAAGCAGAUCAGUUAAGCUUGAGCUCGGGUGUAAUUGCGCUUUCUCCCGUUUGCUUAAAAUGAGAUGUCAGAAGAGAGCCGUGCUUCACGUUCUCUACGAAACUAAGCCUCGAGCACAACUCAUUCGCUUCUUUCUUUAGCGCAUUUCGUGUGCUGCAUGGAGGGCCGACGAGGAUUACGCUUCGUUUUUUGUUUGUUUUCCUGCUCACUUGCUUCCGAAAAGUUGCGGGUACCACAGUAACUGGCAGGCGAUACGGUCGGAGAGGAAUUUAGCUCACGUCGUAACCUAUGAGACCGCACAUUAGAGGGAGCACUGGCCUGGCCGCCGACCGCGGCGAAGAGCCGAGUCGGGCUGGCGGGAGCUCUGCGCCCUACUCCGCUUUGGAUGGUGCUUUGCUUUCCACAGUAGCGUUCGCAUCUCUGUAGCAGAGUUAAGUGUGCCAUUUACUAUGCAUAUAAUACCUGAUUAUAGGCACAAGUAUCUUCAGAAAAAAAAAAGGAUGAUCGUAAUAUCCUGAAAGCAAUAACUUGCUAAGCAUGUGUUUGGUAGUUAAAUAUUCAGACUUCUAUUCCAUGAGUAAAUGACUGCCUUUCAUGCUACAGCUUUACUACCUCAUUAGUCGUCAACAAUUGCACUAUCCAUUCAACUGUGACGUGGCACAAUAUUAUCUUCAGUAGGUUAAUGCAUUUUAGAUUAAAGUUAUUUACCCGUU